GGUCAUUAUAUACACUAAAGUGUCUCUCACCUCCAUAGAUUUUCCACAAAUCUCAAAUCUAAUUUCAUACCAAUAAGUUCAAUUUCUGACCAUCAAAAUUACAGGUGAAAUCCAAAAUAUGGGCUCCAAAUUCUCUAAUUAUCAUGUAGUUUUAUUCCCUUUUAUGGCCAAAGGCCACACCAUCCCACUCCUCCACCUAGCCCACCUCCUUCUCCGCCGUGGCAUCACCAUUACUGUUUUUACAACUCCAGCAAACCAUCCUUUCACUGCUGAAUUUCUUUCCAACACCACCGCCUCUAUUAUAGACCUUCCUUUCCCAGCGAAUGUUCGGGAAAUACCUCCCGGUGUCGAAAGCACAGACAAACUCCCUUCUAUGUCACUGUUUCCUCUCUUUGGCCUAGCAACAGAACUCAUGCAACCAGAGUUUGAAAGAGCACUUAAAGCUCUCUGUCCUGUCAACUUUAUAGUGUGUGAUUCAUUUUUAUGGUGGACUGCAGAUUCUGCUAUGAAGUUUUGUAUUCCAAGAUUGGUAUUUUCUGGUAUGUCAAAUUACUCCUCCUGUAUUUCAAAAGCUGUAGCAGAAGAUAAGCUUUUGUUUAGGUCUGAGUUAUCAAAUGAUGAUGAGUUAAUAACUGUGACUCAGUUUCCAUGGAUUAAAGUCACUAGAAAUGAUUUUGAAUCAAUACAUACAGAUGCUGAACCAAAAGGCCCUCAUUUUGAGUUCAUUACAAAAGUAUUAACGGCAUUAUUAAAAAGUUAUGUUUACAUAUCAAAUAGUUUCUAUGAACUGGAAUCUCUUUUUGUCGAUUACUGGAACAAUCACAAUCGACAAAAGUCUUGGUGUGUUGGGCCCUUAUGUCUAGCCAAGAAAGUACAGAGAACCGAAAGAGAUGAACCAUUUUAUGAAAAACCCACAUGGAUUCAAUGGCUAGACCAAAAGUUAAAUGAAGGAAGCACAGUCUUAUACGUAGCAUUUGGAUCUCAGGCGGAGAUCUCACAAGAACAGCUCAAGGAGAUAGCAGAUGGGUUGGAAGAAUCUGAGGUGAACUUUUUAUGGGUGAUAAGGAAAAAACUUGGAGAUGGGUUUCAAGGGAGAGUGAAAGGAAGAGGAAUUAUAGUGAGAGAUUGGGUUGACCAAAUGGAAAUAUUGAUGCAUAAGAGUGUCACAGGGUUUUUAAGUCACUGUGGAUGGAAUUCAGUUUUGGAGAGUUUAUGUGCAGGAGUGCCAAUUCUUGCAUGGCCGAUGAUUGCUGAACAACACUUAAAUGCAAGAAUGGUAGUGGAGGAGAUUAAAGUUGGAUUGAGAGUGGAGACAUGUAAUGGGUCUGUGAGAGGAUUUGUGAAGAAGGAAGCUUUAAUAAAGAUGGUAAAGGAGUUGAUGGAAGGAGAGAAUGGGACAGUGGUAAGCGAAAAGGUCAAAGAAGUUUCGGACAUGGCCAACAAAGCAAUGGAGGAAGGGACUGGAUCGUCAUGGCGCAAGUUAGACAAGCUUAUUGAAGAGUUUUGCAUUCGCAAAGAGAAGAAAAUGUCAAUUGAGUGAGUGCCUUAAUUGAAGAUGAAUCCGAUUUUAGAAUGACAAAUUUGCCAUGUAAAAGAAACUUCAAAAUAUGAAAGGCUUGCAUUUUUAGUC